AUGGCAGAGAACACGAUCCUCGCCCUAUGCUUCCCCUGCCCAACACCGGCACAAGCACAGUCAGGAGGACCAGUCGACGAAGUCAUGACAACAGCAUUCCAACAACUCUGUCUCGACAUUGGUCUUUCCCAUAACUGCCAGGCUAUUCUCGAUGUUGCCAUCAACAGUACGCAGGCAAAGAAACGGCUGUCGAUCGAGACUCAUCAGUCUGUUUAUAACGUCACCAUCACUGGUGCUUAUCAGAAUGUGAUGGCUGCCAGAGGUGCCUUCAUGCGCAGCAACCCUCUCAAGCCACGGCUGUCGAUCAAGAUUAGCAAGGCAUCCAUCACCGCAGACCCAUACACACACCCAGGAUCGUCCUCUCCCAAGGAGUCAGCAUCAAAGCAACAGGAGUCCUCCCUGGAACAACCAAAAACUGUCGCUAACUCAUAUACCCAACAGCAACAAUCUGAAGAUACCACUGCGGCAACCUCAUCAACAGCAAAGGACUCCUCGCUCCCUGUCAGCCCCAACGAAUUAACACCCGCAUCGACCUCGAUCUCUGUCACACCAAACCCUAUACCACUAUCUGCCGCUACAACCACCAGCUCGAUCUCAUCUUAUUUCACAGUCUUGCCAAAGUUCAAGUCUCAAGUCGACCUCAUCUCCUCAACAACUCGCACCACCAUCACACUUGUAUCCAGCCAGUUCCAUACCCUCCCCUCGGCAAAGUCCGUUGUGGCCGCCCACGCACGACAGGAGAUGGUCGAACUCCUCGUGUCAGGAUCAUGGGAAAAUGCAGAGGCGGCGAGGCUACUGCUCUUGGUCGCCAUCAACUCACUCCAACCUGGGUCAGUUCAGGAGAAGAUCCAGAUCGAGCUCAAGUACCAAAAUAUGGUGGGAGGCCGCAAGCGAGAGGAUCUGCAAGAGUUGAUGGCUAAGACGAGAACAAGCAUCUAUAUGGCUUCGCCCUUUGCUCAGACCACUAACAAGAGUGGAAGCCCUGUCGAUCCUCGAUAUAAUGAUGUUUACAUCACUGGAGAGCAUUCCAAGGUUCAGAUUGUCAAGGAUGUGCUUUCACGAACAUAUUCUCGUGUUCAGUCUGCUGCACCCGCCUGUACUCGCCAAGUCAACAUUGCCUCGCGGAAACUCGACUGGAUGAUGUUGAACCAUCGCGACAAGUUGCGGUCGAUCAUGAUUGACAACGCCUCGUUUAUUGCCUUUCCGCCACUAGGCGCCAGUCAUCCCAUCAUCUUUGUCUAUGGUGAAUCUCGCGUCAAUGUUGAGCGCACCAUCCGCACCGUCAUGCAACUUUCGUCGCAGUUCCACUCGGGAUCGAUCAACUUGUUGUCGCCGGUACGAGAGAGCCUGACUGCGAUCCCUUUGAACCCAUCCAACGCUCUCUCACCCAUCGCCAAUAUCUCCAAGCUUGUCUCGCAGGCAUCAGGAGCAGAGGUCGAGUUCCGCAACAACGGAUUCUACAUCUUCGGCAAUGAGAUCCAGACAAGGAUUGCAGUGCAGUUCCUGACCGACAUUGAUUUCAUCAAGACGCUACACUACGAGGUCAAGUUUUCAGUCGAGCUGGCGAACGAGCACCGGGAGUUCAUUUCGGGCAAGAAGAACGGCAAGAUCAACCGGAUCAUGAAAGCGACCGGGGCCAAGAUCAAGUUUGACCCCUGCAACGAGUACAACUUUUACGUCGACCUCAGCUCGACUAUCGCGGUCAAGUCUGUCGAAGCCCUUGCACUUCUCCAAGAGGAGCUUCCUGCAGAGAUCUCGUUCUAUGUCCCCGAGACCUACCACAAGCGGAUCAUUGGUGUUGGUGGCAAGAACAUCCAGCGGAUCAUGAAGAAGUUUGGCGUUUACGUCAAGUUCUCCAACUCGGAAGAGUUUGCCAAUCUGGGAGGGUACUUUGAUAACCUGGACAAUGUCGUCGCCAGGACGCCGUCCAAGAACGCCAUGAACCUGGAUAAUCUCAAGCACGCCGUCAUGGAGCUGGUCAACCUCAAGGACAAGGAUUUUGUGCACCACUCGUUGUCGAUCCCUAAGCACUAUCAUCUGUCCCUUUUGUCAGAUCAUGCCAAGGCACUGGCUGAACUCCAGGAAGCCACCAACGCCACUGUUCGGUUUCCGGAGAAGGAGACUGGCAGCGACGUUGUUUGGAUCUCUGGACCGGAAUCGCUUAUCCAACAAGCUACGUCGAUGCUGCUGUCUCUUGUCGAUGAGCAGUAUGCCUACCCUGUUCCCUUCUCUGAGGCCAUGGAUCGUGUCUUGCUCAAGCCCGAGUUCAAGGUCGAGAUUCUGGACAGGAUGAGGAACGAGUGGAACAUGACUUUGGUCCCUCCUGCCAUCCACGAGGUCACCACCACUGGCGGCCAGAGCGAGGGAAGACGCAUGCCAGAAUUCAAGACUCCCUCUCCUGCCGGAUCUAUCUCGGGUCGCCAAAGUGCCUCGGAGUCGCCCAAGAGCAGAGAACUCGGUGUAGAGGCCACUGGUGAACUGGCUCGGUCUCUCAGCAGCCUGACAGACAGUGAUGACGAUGACGACGACAGCGAGGAAGACGACCAUGUGUUCAUCUUCAAGUACAGCCGCAAUAAUGAGGAUUAUCUUCAGAGCGCCAAGGAGCUGCUGGUCCAGUUCCUGAUCGACAACCAGAUCGAGGUCUAUGAUGACGAGAUCCGUAUCCAACGACCUCGCUCGGACUCGUUUGCUGAGGCCUUCCCUCAUUUCAACAGCAAGAUCCUCUCCUCCGUCACCGGUGGAGAUCUGCCUACUCCCGCCCCUGCGUUCUUGAACUACUCACUGUUCGAGAAUGCCGGUAAUGCGUUCGAAACGCUGAGCCGUGCCCCCGGCGCAGGUCAAGGUGUACCCAACCCAAAUGUACCAGCAGGGUCCAUGGUCGCCCCAGACAUCCGGGCACUGUUUUCGCACGGACCUGCGCAAGGACUCCCUCCACUUGCCUCCUCGCCUCCUCGUUGGCCGGAACAGCACUCUCGACAGCUCACAUCUAUCCCCGGAUUGCCCUCUGGAAUGACCACCGCUAUAAGAUCGGUGCCUUCUUUCGCGCCCAGCCAACCAUCUAACGCCCACCCUGGUCAGAACCAGCAACAGCAGAAUCAGUCACCGUCGUUCAACCGACUCACCAGUUUACCGAUCGACCCUUGGGCCAGCCCUGGCAAGCAGCAGGCGCAAGUCAUGCAGGCGCCCUCGACACCCGGCUACACGGGGUCGGUUGGGCAAUUCCGCACCCCGCCUCCUGGUAUUAGCAGCGUCGGAGCCAACAACGCGUUUUACUCGCCCAGUAGCGGUCAGAGCCAGCAGAACGCGAUCUUCUCCCCCGAGGGACCCUACGGAGGAGUGACGAGUUUCCAGACCCCCGGAUCGACAGUAUCUUCGAACCAUCUCUACUCCAAUAACAACUCGCCUGUCCAAGGUGUCUCGAGUAAUGUCGGUAGCUUCGCCAGCAUGAUGAACCAGUACCAGACGCCACAUCACCAGCCGUCGCCUCAACGGCCUUACUCUGGAUCUUCGGGUUCUAGGGACAGCUUGCAGUUCUUGGACGAGAAGCAUGGGUCAAGUCCUGCGUUCGGAUCCGGGUAUGGACCUGCGCUCAACAGCGGGAGCAACAAUAACCGAUACCAGCAACAACAGACGAAUGGGCAGGGGUACCAGAGCUCCUCGGCGUUCGGGCAGUCACUGCAAUACCCUCAACAGCGUCAGCGCCAUUCGAGUCACAACAGCACGACGAGUAGUCAUCAUACCAUGUUUCUGGGACCCAUUGGUGGAGGGCUAGGAUCUACUGGUGGGUCUGUGAACAGCGAUGAUAUCUCGACGGAGGAUGAGAGUGAUGACCCUUUUGACGAGAUGCGCAAUCGGCACCAUAGGUCGUACCAUCAUACCCCACAAUACCAGCCAUCAUCGCAGCAGCAGGGGGUUCACGGAGGAGUGGGUAUGUUUGGAUCGCAAGCGUCGAUGUCGUCUGUGCUUGCCAACCGGCGUGGAUCCGUGCCGUUGAUGGGGUCCAUAUACAGUAACCAGCUCCUCUACCGGCCUAGCUCGCCUCAGCAUUAUCAACUUCACCACCAGCAGGCUGUGACACCCCCACCACCACACAACGUAGUCCGAUUGAGUAACAGUACUUCGGAUCUCUAUGGCCGUAAGUCUCUCAUCAGCGCCAUGGCCCGUCACACCCUCAACGACACCACUUCUACUUCUGGGACCAACACUGGCAACAAUAGUGGAUUCAACUCGCCUGGUCGGGGCACCCCUAUUUCUGGAUCUGGCGCUCCUGGACCCAUGACUGGAUUCAGUCCUGGAUUCAGAGCCAACGGCAAUGGAGAUAACGAGAGGGACUUGUUCUCGAGCGGACUGAGCGGUAUUAUCGGAGGCGGGACUAUCAGUCACAAUCACAGCCACGACCACUCGUCGCCGUUUAACCAUCAUACCCAUACCAACCUCGCCAGCCAGAUCAAUGACCCCAGCGGUGGUUACCAGCAAAGCAGUAAUGCCUAUGAUUUCAUCAAAGGCGGUGGGGUUGCAUCGGGAGUCGGCGCGUUGGGAAGUGAGUUCGUAGGCGGUGGUGGUAGUGGAGGUGGAGGACAUCUUGUUGGAUCGUCGGCGUUGAUGGGCUCAACACUCUCUGCAUCUGCACUACCCUUUCUUGCUGACUCUGCGCUCGAUCGACCUGGUCAUCAUCAGCCGCAGCAGCAGCAGCAGCAGCAGCAGCGUAUGGUCGGCGGCUGGGAUCGUUAG